GGCUUGCUUGGUUUCACCCAUUUUUUUCCGUCUGUUUGAACCUCGUCCUUGCUACUUAGUUUUCGUAUUUCAUUGUUGUCCACAAUGUACAACGAAAUGAAAGAUAUUGUUAUCUAACGUAAGUAUAAGUGCUGGCAGACUCCGGACACCGACUUUGAAACAUCAUGGGGUGUUUGAAGGUCGACGAGUACAUCAAGCGGACAGCUUCAACAAACGAGACACAGCUAUUAUUCCAAGAACUAGAGACUCGCGUUAAGAGUCGACAAUGGCUUCAAGGCCGCACGAAUUGUGACCGGGUCAUCCGAGCCUGCAACCAUCAACUUAGUGUUGGAUCCCUGGACCCUGAUCACAUUAGCCAGCUGGUAAAACUUGUGGAGCUAGCCCUUCAUGGCUUUGAUAUCUUCACUGUUACCCAAACCAGUCCGUUAUACAUGGAAAAGAUCCUUUUCCACAUUGUCAAGAACCUAAGACCGCUGCAAGUCCACAGUCUCAGUAGCCAUGUUGCAGCAUUGCUUUAUGCUAGGCUUGCCUCAACACAACAGGAUGACAACUAUUAUGUUAUUGUGCUGAGCUGCUUCACAACCCUCUGGAAUGGACUUGCUGAUGCUGCCAUCCUCAAUCCCAGAGACAAACUCCGCUACCAGUUUCAAGCCCUGCGCUUCCUUCUGUUGUCGGAAACAAAGAGUGACAAUCCUUCCAUCUCCAAAGCUCCUGCGUAUGCAGAAAAUGCUAUCAGUGAAUUUUCAAGAAGCUGUGACGCAACAAGUGAAGACGUCGCUUUGUUUCUUGUUCAAGAAAUGCACACAUUUUUACCUAGAUGUUGGCCAUGUGGUCAAGACUGCCUGGAUGAUGAAUCUAAGCAUUACAUUAUUACAUCAAGGGUUUAUACUCUACUUGAAAUGGUGCUCGUUAUAAUUAAGAUGCUAUGUCAAGCUGGGCAUUACAGUCCAGCCUCUGCAUUUCUGAACGUAAUUAGGGGCAAGAUCAGAAAUGUUGGAACAAGUCAGGCCGCAGCUCUGGAGCUCGGAAAAUGGGCAAUACUAAUCUCUACGGUGACCGCUCCAGAGAAAAUUGAACAGGUUUUGAAAAAGUGUGCCAUGACUCUGAGGACUCUUCCCCAGGAUGUCGAUGACCGGGAAGCUCACUGUGUCCUGGAAGGAUGUGGACUGGUGAUGUGGGCUUUGAAAAGUAGCCACACAAAGGGAUUAAGUGGACCUGUGCUGCUGAGCUGCUUUUCUUUUCUCAAGGAGCACCAAAACCACAUUAUAAGGAUCCGUCAAAAGAGCACGACAAUCCAAAGUGGUUGCAGCAGACUGCAUGAGACCCUUUGUUUUAGUUUUUACCAAGGCUUUCAGUUUGCCAAUAAUAGCUUGGUUGAAUCACAGCUGGAGGAUGGCGAUACUUUGACCAAAGUGAUGCUCUGUUGCCAAGCCCUAGCUGGACGCAUGAUGACAGAACUCCACACACUGUCAAACGAAACUCAAUUAGUCAAAGGAGUAGUUGCGGUGAGCAACUUAGCCCGUGGGUUGUACAAAUGGAGUCUGUACGACCAGGCCUUCACACUCGUUGAGAUCCUGUGUCAGGAUCUAGGCAAGACCUGCCCCGCCUCCCUCCCUGUUGAUCGGUUGAACCAACUCUUCUCGCUAGCCGUGCAGGCGUCUCGAAAAGCAGGACACUUGGAGCGCGCGCUAGACUGGGUGAUCCUGUGGCUGAAGGCCCUGGGGGACAAAUUCAAAUUGUAUAUGGCAGAACCAAUCUCUUUGUGGGUGAAAGCAAAGAUGGAUGCAUCAUAUAAUUCUGAGGAGGACAUACGACUCAGGACAAUACGUGAUGGUUUUGGUUCUGGCACUCUGGAGGAAGAAGUAAUGCUGUGUCUUUUGGAUGAGGAGCUACGUGCCUAUAAAGAGGAGCAAGGCGACACCUUUCACGAGCAGUACAACACGCUUUGCGAUUUGCUUGAUAUCUGUCAUGAGGAGAGUUCCCACACCUAUCUGCGUGCCGUCUACCUCUGCGAAAUGGCCCAGGUCGUUUGUUUUCAGGAUUUCAGUGAACAGACUGAUUGUACUCCCGUUGAUUUUACCCAUGAAGCUUUACGCCUCUUGGAAGAGGAACCAGAGACUCCUGAAAAUGCCGACCAGCUGAAAGACUCCAAAGCUCACGCUUUGCUUUGGCUCUACAUUUGUACACUCGAAAAUAAUCUUCAGAAGGCCACUGAGAGGGAUAUGAAGCUUCAGGAGUUGCGUCGGCAGUCUCCAUGUGAACAAAAUCCUGGUGGGACCAACGAUUUAGAUUAUGAAGACAAGCAGAAGAAUAAGGACAACAUCUCGCUGUAUGAUGACCUGCAUUUCAGCUUGGCUGCACACAACAUAUUGUGCCAACCUUUGGAAAAAGCACUCAGUGAGUGGGCUGCCUUUCUGCACACUCCGGUUCUGCCCUCUGUGAAGAACCCAAAGCAGACCUGCAUUUCUAUUGAGCUCACUGCAUCGCUCUUCAGACUCAUGGGAAAGCCUCUAAAGUCUUUGGAGGCCUAUCAACUUGCCAUCAAGCUUUAUCGCCAACUUGCCAACACCCAGGGAGUUUCACGCUCCCUGUGUCAGUCAGCCAGCCUCCUCUUGGAAUUGGGUUCCACUGAACUGGCUUUGGGCCAGAUUGAACAAGCAGAGAAAAAUACUUCUGAUGAAACAACUGAAGAUCUUUCCACUCUCUCCCUGAUGCUGAUUUUACUGAAAGCUCAGUAUUGUUACAGUACUGGACAGGUGGAUCGUGGUGUAGAGUAUCUGUGUGAGGUGCUUAAAGAGACCAAUGAGCAGCGGUGUAGUAAGAGUUGGUAUUUGCUGCGAGCUCAAGCACUUCAGAUCUGCAGCUCCUACCUCAGUUUGGACACAACUUCACUGCCACAAAGCCAACGGAGCUGCAUCACACAGCUAGGUUUAAAAAGCCCGGAUUUUGCUUUACAUGAAAGCCUCAAGCUUCUCAACAGACUGCUGCUCACUUUAGUGGGGAAAGACUUGUAUGGAACGACUAUAAAUGUCUCAGGUGUGCGUGGCAAAAGACAUAACAUUGAAUUUAAAUGGCGACUGCUGUCGGAACUUUUGAACUGCUCCAUGAAAAUGAUUGUGAUGAGAACCAACUGUGGUGCCGUCAAUGAUGCCAGACUCCAGUGUCAAGAAGCCUUGAAACUGGCCACCAAGUUACAAGCGCUCAGCCAUUGUGCCGAGCUGUGGGUGAUUAAAGCUGAGUUGGAAUUAAUGCAGGGAGAGCGAGAAGAAACUGGAUUUGAUCUAGACAAAGUCAGGAAUCUUUUGGAACAUUGUACAGAUUUUCCAGACACAAAGUGCAAGUCGAAAGUAAAAUUCAAACCAAGAAAAGGUCGUCCUAUGCAGAAAGUUCCGUCUCCAUCGCCUGUCCUAAAAGAUGACCUUAAGGGCAUCCUCAGUACGAGGUGGACUGUCAAAGAACCAAUACUGCAGGAUGAGGGAAGCUCUCCGCGUCUGAAAGCCGUUCCACGUCGUUGGCUGUCAUGCCUCACACACAAAUUCGCCUGCGAGUGUCCCUGCUGCUCGGAACCACUUUUGAGCCGCGUCGCAGCCCGCUGGGCAGCUGCGGAGGCUAUGUUUCUCCAAACGGACCUUUCAGAAGCCAAAGUGGGCUUUAAACUUUACUUGGUCACAUUAGUUCGCUGUAAGACGAUCACUGCCAAACUUCAGACUAAAUUAGCUGAAAUAUUCCUCAUGCCUUUACCUAUCAAAAGCUCCCCUAAACCCUUCCUAAUGCAAGAUGUGGUGGGCAGUGUCUACCUUCACAUGGCUUUUUCUAGUCUCGAACCAGGGCAUAGGAGGUUCUAUAGCAUAUGGAAAGUUCUUAAAGCCGGUUUAGCAUUUGCCGAGUCAGUCCCCUCACCAGAACUCAGAACUCUAACCGCUAGUUUGAUGGCAAUCAAAGCUUUGGCUUCAUUGGUCGCCAUGUGUGCCAAAAAGGACUGCAGAAUAGAGGAACUCUUCUCUGAAGUGUGGACCUGGAAGGCACCAACACAUUUGAAUGAACUUAAAUGGGACAAUAAAACGGCACUGCACCAACCCUCACUCAAGGAGCCUAAAAGUUUGUCUGUUUCGAAAAAGAAAAAGCCGACAAAUGUCAAGGUGGACGAGCCAAGGAGCCACCGAACAAGGACCACAGUUAAAGAGAAGGGCCUGGUUCCCAAAACUCCGGUGAUGAUUUCCGUGACUCCAGUGGUCAAGUCCAAGUUUUCAGCGAGGGAACUUAGUGCUUUUGACUUCAACACAAUAGAUCCUACAUUACCCUAUACGCCAGUUCAGAAGGCGAAAGCCCCUAAAUCUGUGCAAAAGACACAGAGAACUGCCUGUAAGCUUCAGUUUCAAGUUUUUGAUGAGUUCUUGCCAGGUCAAGACAAAGCUCAGAUAGUGCCUGCCGCUCCACGACGUACAAAGAAGUCUCGCUUCCAGGUGGAGUUCAGUGAUGAGAGUGAUUCAGAGAACAAUACCCUGAAAGAGCCAAAUAAGAAAAAUCCCAAAAAGAGAGCCACCCCGAGACAAGCCGCACUCCAAAGUAAAGCUGUCUCUGUUACCCCUGCGGAGAAGAUCCUCCCUACCAGGCAGACUAGGCGCAAGAAGACCGUUGCACUACCGCGGGACACUUCUUCAGAAGAUGAAAGUCUGACCUAUAAGCCCGCAACAAGACGAGGAAGACCUAGAAAUGUGGCCAGCAACAGCGUGGAGUUGGAGGAGGGGCCAGAGAAAAUGAGGGCCAUUGAGGAGGAAUCGGAUGAAAUUCUUGACCUGAGCAUUGAGUAUUUAAGGACGUCGGACAAUGAGACCAAGGACUGUCCUGCUUCAGAAAUCGAGUUUGAGGUCUUGCGGAGAGAUUGGUUUUGCGGUUUGGAGAGUGGUGACUUGCUUGACCAGAGGAGCGGAAGUAAAGUGAAAGGAUCUCAAACUCAUCUUCCUCACUCGGAUGAAAAGCCAGACUAUCUUUCAUUAGCGGAUGUUCAAACAUUACUUCGCUCGGCUUGGGUGACCCUUCAGCACUUCCCCGCUCCCACUGUUUUUCCAACAGUCUGUGCCUUCCUGGGACUAUCAACAGGACAACAGGACCCAAUGACUACCGCAAUGCUUCAUUCCCAGUCUUUGGGCAUUACAAGCCGGCAUCGCACCAUUAGGUAUUUAGCCAGCUGUGUCCUGAAGCUGAAAAAUGCAUCAAAUGACCUAGCGGCUCAAAUGGACCACCUCACUCUCGAUGAUUCCAGUAAUAUCUCUACGGGACAAAGAUUGUCCCAGUUGGAGAACAUCUUUGCCUUUCCCUCAGCAGACUCUUCAGCUUUCCCUGAAAGCCACUGCCAACAGUUUCUUGAACAAAUUCAACAAAUUCCAUCUGGUGUGACUGUGUGUGUGAUGUCAGUGAUUGGAGUAAAAUCUCAGGAAAUGGGUGAAAGCAUCCUCCUGUCCCGUCUUCAAAGAGGAUCUGCUCCUGUCACUGUGCACAUUCCCACCUCCACAGAGCCGCGUUCUAUAAGAGGUCUGGUCCAGGAGAUGGACAGUAUUCUGGUGGAACAGAAGACUCUAAACUGCGUCUCUGAAAAAGCUGAAUGGUGGCGGGGCCGCAGGGACCUUGACUCUCGAGUCGAGCAACUGGUGAAAGAGAUGGAGCACUUACUAGGAUGCUGGAAGAGCCUUCUUCUGCCUCUUACGUCAGAUCCCAAGCUCUCCCCUCAAGUCGAGCGCCUUUGCAAAACCUUAUGUGCUAACAAAGUUACAGCCAGUGAGGAGAUGCUAAAGGCUUUGCUUUCUGCCACCCCUGUGCUCUCCCAAAAAGACUGGAAAAGCUUCACCCUGGGAGUUUGUCCCCACUGGGAUGACAAAUGUGAGCAGCUUCUCCAGUCAUCUGUUGUGCAGCUCGCAGACCGAAAGGAGCCUUGUGGUCACGUGGUUCUCAUUCUUGACAAGUACCUUCAGAAGUUGCCCUGGGAGAGCAUUUCCAUCUUACGCUCUCGCUCUGUGAGCCGCAUGCCGUCCCUUGAGUCUUUGGUUGGUUUGAGCUUUCAGAAAAAGAGCGAUCCUCAGUCAAUCCUCAAGAAUGGUGUGGACAGAAAGAACACAUUUUAUCUUCUGGACCCUGAUAAAAAUCUGGGCAGCACACAAGACCGAUUCAAAGCGUGGUUUAGCAGUCAACCGAAUUGGGAUGGGGUGUGUGGAAGUGCUCCUGAAGGGGGCCAGUUGGAAGAAGCUGUUGCGACCAAGGAUCUAUACAUUUUUAUGGGUCACGGUGCAGGCGCACGCUUCCUUGACAGCCGUGCAGUCCUGAAGCGACCAAUAAGAGCCGCCUCUCUGCUGAUCGGUUGCAGCAGCGCCGCUCUGGCUGUGCGGGGAGAUCAGGAGGGACAAGGCAUCAUCCUCAAUUACCUCAUAGCGGGCUGUCCCUUUCUUUUGGGAAAUCUGUGGGAUGUAACUGAUCGGGAUAUCGACCGCUUCGCCCAAGCCUUGCUGGAAUCCUGGUUUUCUUCUAAGUCGGGAAGUGCCCUGCUGGACUACAUUGGUCCUUCACGGCAGGCCACAAACUUGAAAUACCUGAUUGGAGCUGCACCUGUCGUCUAUGGCCUGCCAAUCCAUCUCCAGUAACUGUUCUCAACUAGCUGCAGCUCAGAGACACAGCCAAUACGUUUUGUGUGCUGGCCUGCCAUAGCAUACAUAUCUGUUGUUAACAGUAGUUUGCUUAAGCCUGAGUGCUUUGCAGACAUUCAUUUCAGUGUUGUGAUACUUUAUGCCAUAAAUACUAUUUUAAUCCCAAGUUUUUGUAACUUAUUGCAGUCUACGGGCUUUUAGUACGCAUUGACUUGUAUGCAUUUUUAAGAAAAUAAAGCUAUUUUAAUUCAU